AUGAUCGCCCGUCAGACUGCUCGUCUUACCGCCCACUAUGGUGCUCAACAACGAGCGUACACCAGCCUCGUGAAUAAGAAGAGCCACAUUCCAGCCGACCAAAAGCUAUUCACGACGUCCAAGGCUCCGACCUAUAUCAAGCGCCCAUCGGACCGUCCGCUCCUUAUUGUCAUGUUUCUUGGUCUUGGUCUUGGUUUUGCUCAAAGCCUUCGUGGUGAAAUCAGCAUGGCUACGGGCACUGGAAAGAACGAUUAA